UGCAUAAAAUAUUAACGGGGGAGACGCAGGCUUCACAAACCUGCACAACCUCGGAGAGAAGUCUGCGCGUUAAAUCUCAAAAUGUACAUUAAAUUUUGUAAUUUCGGGCCUUACGCGGAUGUGAAAGCGUCUGGGCAAGCGAAGGAGGAACCGAUCUCAGAUGCUUACGGGAAAGUUCGUGUGUACAAGAGGAUUUCCGCUCUUUUCAUGGUUCUCACUUUGCUCUUACUGGCAGUGGUUCUUGCUCUGGCUAUGAAGUUAUACGACAUUCAAUCCAUCCAAGACUGUCCAGAGGUGCCUGAAGUUGAAGAGAUUGAAGAAUUUAACUGUAGCCGCCAGCUAUGUCAGGCCUUGUACCCCUUAACAGAGUCUGUUGAGAACCAUGAGUAUCAUUGCACUGAAUGCGGGAAGGGCUGGGUUAAACUUGAGAACUCCUGCUACUUCCUAGCUAAGGAGCGUCUAAGCUGGCAGGAGAGCAGGAAGGCAUGUCAGAAACACGGUGGCGACCUGGUUGUGAUUGGCAAUGAACAAGUGCAGAAACUUCUAACUGAGAAGAGGGGCCUGCUGUACUGGAUUGGGCUUCGUUAUUCAGAAAAGCAACAGUGGAUGUGGGUUAACAAUACGGCACUAACCAAGAGCUACUGGGCUUAUGGCCAACCAAACCCAGACACUCAAGACUCCUGCGUGCUCCUAAGAGGACAGAAGCCAUAUGCGAACAACUGGUAUACAAACCCCUGUGCUGUGUCCUCACAUUACAUCUGCCAGAGAGGUUAAGAAUGGAGAAUGAUCAACUAUAACCAUCACAUACAUCUGUUCAUUUGCCUCUAAUAUCAUCACUGUACUCCUUUCCUUAACCUUUACAAAUGCAGUUCAUAAAUAGUAACAUUAUAUGAAACAAUCCUGUUCUGUGACGCACAAUUAUGUAGACAGACUGAGAAAAUAAGACUUGCUAAGUGUAUUUGCUGAAAAUAAUUUUUCUUGCUUAUAUUACUUGUAAACUGUAAUUCCUUGUAUUGCACUAAAAUCUCUUUGCACUAAUUUCUAUUAGACCAUUAUUUAUACAAAAAGUAGAUUGAGUAGAUUGUCAACCUCCUUUCUGCCCACACAGGUUCUGUCAUGGUUUCUCACAAUAAACCAGUAUUUACUCAAUAAAAUAUUGCAAUGA